AUGGCGUUUCUUCUGCGCAGCAGUCCUGGAGGAAGUGCGCGGCCGCUCACGUUCCCCUUCACCGUAGAAACGGCCAACAGAACCGGAGGAAACUUUACCGUCAGAGCCACCGACGAUUGCAGAUUCACUUCUUCCUUCCCUGCUAACAUCUCCAUGGUGACCGGGGGCGGGGCAGCCAACGGUACGGUGAGCCUCAUAGCGCCCGCCAUCAGGAACGGAUCAUGCAGCUCCUCAAACUGGCAACUCUCUGCCAACCUCUCCGCCUGUGUCAAAGGGGCAGGAAUCAUCUGCAUCAGCCUAUACCAGGGCAAUGGGACCCUCAACACUUCUAGGGCAGUGGGCCACAGGUCCAAGAAUGUGACCAAGUUGGACUACAGCUUCACCUGCUGUUCAAAGAAGGAAGAGCUGUUGGUAGUGGACAGGGCAGGCAACGUGGGCCACAAAUGUGCCAACUUAAGAGCCUUCAAGCCCAGUACAAGAGAUGGAGUUGUUGCUUCUGUACAUGUUCAGUGGUGGAAGAGACCCUCUGGAGUUGCUGCAGUGUGUCUGGGGCUGCUGUGUGUUCUCCUACUGGCUGGGAUCAUAGGCCUGUCUGUCUACUAUGGAGUCAUUGGUCAUCACGCCUCAACAGAGAGAGACCAGCUACAGGACGUAAACAGCCUUCUGACUAAAGAGAGAGACCAGCUACAGACCAGUUACAACAACCUGAUUAAAGAAAGAGACCAGCUACAGACAGAGAGAGUCCAGCUACAGACCAGUUACAACACCCUGACUAAAGAGAGAGACCAGCUACAGACUGAGAGAGAUUUUCUUAGUGGGAGGUUUACCAAUCUCAAACAAACCUGUACUGAACGCUGGCAGAAGUUUGAAUCCAGUUGGUACUUCCUGUCUACUGAAACUAAAACCUUGAAGCAGAGCAGAGAGGACUGUCUGGAGAGAGGAGCAGACCUGGUGAUCAUUAACAGUGAUAAGGAACAGGAGUUUCUCUUCAACCUCAACAAGACAGUCUGGAUUGGUCUGACUGACUCUGUUACUGAGGGGACCUGGAUAUGGGUGGACAGCACCCCACUGACCACCACAAGGUACUGGUCUCCACAUCAGCCUGAUAAUGGUGAUGGCAAACCAGAAUAUGGUGAGGAGGACUGUGUUCAUAUACAUAAAGAUUGGACUCCUCUGCAGUCAUGGAAUGACUUGUCAUGUGACAGCAAACUCAACUGGAUUUGUGAGAAAGUGCUUUAG